AUGGAUCAAACACUGUACGAGGCUUCUCAUGCAGGAAACAUGCUACUGUUCUCGCGCCGAAACACAAAUGGCGGUGGCGGCCAGCGUGACGUUUGCUUCCUUAACAAAACCUGCUUCGCCGAAUUAAGAAACCAGGGCGGCUUCACUCCGAUGCACAUAGCGUCUGCAAACGGAUACUUGGACAUUGUGAAGGAGAAUCUUUGCCGCUUUGGAGCGGCAGUCUGCCAUCUCAGAGGAGGAAAACGCGACUUGACUCCUCUUCAUUGCGCUGCCAUCUGCGGCCGCGUUGAAAUACUGAAAGAAAUCAUCUCCGCUUGUCCUGAGAGCCUUGAAGACGUAACCUUAAGCGGAGAGACCGCCUUUCACCUUGCUGCUAAAAACAACCAAGUCGAAGCGAUUCAUGUUUUGGUGGAACUGACGGUCGACUCAGCAAUGAUCACGGUAGACAUGAAGAGGAAGAUCCUUAACAUGAAGAACGUAACGGGGAAUUCAGCUCUUCACGUCGCCAUCACUGAACGGCGGCAUGAGGUGGUGAGAUGCUUGGUUGGCAGUGCAGUUACGGAAUUAAAUGAUGUGAACGAGUCUGGUCUCACGGCUCUUGAUCUGGUGCUGCGUCUCCCCAAGAUUAGUAAAUCAUCGUACGCCGAGGAUAAGAAAACGGAGGGUGUUCUUCGCAGCGGGGGAGCUUUGAGAGGGCGAGACUUGGCGGCAGUUAACUGGCUUUACAUGCCAUCAAAGGCAGAGGCCCGCCGUUUCGGGUUGCGAAAAAGAGUGACGCGGCUGGGUCAAGUCUCGAUCGUUUAUUGA